CACGACGACAGGGUCCUCCUCGCGCAUCGAGCGCCAUGUCCAUCGCGCCUUUAGUGGACUUGGCCCAGACUCUACAGGAGGUGGCUGCCCUCAGUGGCCACGCCUCGCAAGCGCAGCGCUCCGCCCGCAUCGCGGCGCAGCUGUCCGACGAGCCGCGCGCCGCGGUCGGCGCGGUGUCCCCGCCGCCGAGCGGGGUGGGGACCACGCUGCACGUGUCGCUGCGGGAGCUUCACGAGGGUCGUGAGCGGCAUGAGUCGGAGCUCCAAAGCCUCCAGAGCAAACUCUCCCAGGCGGAACAGCAGUUGAAGUACUUGGUCGAGGAGAUGCGCUCACACGUGAGGGAUCUCACAGAAGAAGUGGCCAGCCUUGGGACCGCGCAAGCGGACGACAGGCAGUGGAUGAAAGCUCACAAGCACGAGAUGUUGGUGGACUUGGAGUCGUUGACUCAGGCCUUGCAAGACAACAAAGCAUCGCUCGAGGACCAUGAUGCACGCAUCGUGGCGAACCUGACCGCCGAAAGGGAGGCGCGCGCCGCCAGCAGCGAUGCACUUCGGCGGUUGAAGGAGAAGAUCGAAGAGAUCGACGGGAAGAUGCAGGAGAUGCGUCGAACCCACGAGGACGAGUCCACGCAGCAGUCUUCCCGGCUCUCUGAGGUGCAACAAGCUUUCAGUUCCUUGGAGUCUGAAGUCCUGCAAACGUGCUCCAACCACAGGAAUGCUGUGCAGAGCACGCAGCAAGAAAGCCUGGAGCAGUUGACAGAAGUGCGACACCUGCUACAUCAGCAUUACCGAGAGCAUCAGGAUCAGUUCAAGUCCUUUCAGCAGCUGAUGCAAGAGGCCAAGCAAGCUUCGGAGGUGGGUCUAAAUGAGCUCACCCUGCGCUUGGACAAGGCGCUUUGGCAACGCCCCGAACAGAUGUCCCCCAGGGCUGAGCCGCUGACACAGGUGACACGUCCCUUCAGCCCACGCGUGGUGGUGGUAGAGGAGGGCCCUGCCUCGCCCCUGUGCCGGCACAGUCCCUGCGUGGCGCGCAGUCCCUGUUCGCCCGGGACGGGAGCUGCGUGGAGCAUGGCCAUGGAAGAGAUGCGACAGACCUUGGAGAUGAAACUGGAUCACUUGGAGAGCAAGAUGAAGCGGAGCAUCAAACACCUCGCGGAAGACCUGGCGCAGAAACACCUGCACUUGUCCUCGGCGCUCGAGAAGAGCUCGGGUGUUCAAGAGGAGAGGCUGAGCGAGUUUCAAUGCUGCAUGCUGCGGACGUGGAAGGCCGAAUGGCAACCAGAGCUGCAGAGGCUCAAGGAGACGGAACGCGGCGUCAUGGAUGACUUGCAAAGCAAGGUCCAACGCGCGUGCAAAGAUGCGGAGGCGGCGUCGACGCAAACGAGGAGUUUGCAGAAGGUUCAGAAGCACGUGGAUGAUAAACUGCAGGACAUGCGGGUGAGCCUGGAGCAACAUCAGGUGCAGCUGGAUACGUUGAAAGGAGAUGUGGCACCCCUGCCAAGUGCCAUCAAGAGGGGUGACGACCUUUGGCGACACCUGGAAGGUGUCAAGGCUGGCAUCGAGACGCUCGACAGGAACACCCGAGCUGAGAUCUUGGCCUUGGGACAACAUCUCGAAGCCCAAGUGAGACCUGGUCGGACGGUGCCGGUGCCAGUGGGAGCGGGUACUGCGGGACCCACCAAUCCUGUGGGACCCACCACAACUUGGGUCUCGGAGCCGGUGGCCACGGCGCCGCGGGCGCACGCGCGGCGGCCGGUGCCCUGGACGAUUCCCAGUCCUGGUCUCUCCGACGCGCCUCCGAUCGGUCCAAAGUGACCUGACCGUCGGCGUGUUUUCACUCCGCCCGGGGGUCUUCGGGUGUUUUCGCCGAAGAAGCCGGUGGUGCGCCAAGCGAAUUCCGCCGGGUGGUGUGGCGAAGAAAGAGGUGCG